UGUGACUCGUUACUUCGCAGCGCUGUCCGUCAAACGAACGAUUUUUUCAUCGCCGCAGUCCCGUGUGUGUGGAAAUUACGAAAUUUUAGUUUUAUUAAAAGUUUAAAAAAAUCCGCAAAUAAACAUAAAAAUGGCUUCUGUCUGUGGACGCAUGGCUCUGCGUGCCGCUGCACGUCAAAAUGUCACAUACACUCCAGUUCGCUUCUGCAAGAUGAUGAACGAUCCCAUGGAACAUGCCACUGGUAUUGAAAAGCGUGAAUUGUUGGCCAAGGCUGCCGGCAACGACAAUCCCUUCGACAUGAAAGUGUUCAAGCGUGGUGCUGGCACAAAGGAAAACCCCAACCUGAUACCUUCCGCUUUUGACGCCCGUAUUGUUGGUUGCAUCUGCGAAGAAGAUCAAACCUACGUCCAAUGGAUGUGGCUUCAAAAGGGUACUCCCAAACGCUGUGAAUGCGGUCACUGGUUCAAAUUGAUCGAAAAGGCUGCAGUCUAAAUUAGGCGAAAUGUAACACGUUUAAAAACUAAAGUAUCGUUCUGUUUACCAAGAAAUAUAAGUAAAAAGUAACCUUAAACAAAAAA